GUUUGGGUUGUUAAUUGCCCUGCAAUUGCUUCCCAGUUGCUGUGAGGAUGGGCUGUUGCACUGGGAGGUGCACCUUCAUCUUUCUCUGUACUCUUCAGCUGCUUGCUGCUUUGGAGAGACAGAUCUUCGAUUUCCUGGGAUAUCAAUGGGCCCCAAUCUUAGCAAAUUUCCUGCACAUCAUUAUUGUUAUUCUUGGCCUUUUUGGUACCAUUCAAUACAGACCUCGAUACAUUGUGGUGUAUGCUAUCUGGACAGCACUCUGGGUCACUUGGAAUGUAUUUGUUAUCUGCUUCUAUUUGGAAGUUGGAGGUCUCUCAAAGGACAGUGACCUAUUGACGUUUAAUAUAUCCGUGCACCAUUCGUGGUGGAGUGAACACGGUCCAGGGUGCGUGAGGAGAGAAGUGCCAACCGUCAGUGGCAAGAGUUUGGAUGGUCAUUCCUAUAUCUCUGUGAUGGGCUGCAUUAUUGAUUACCAGUAUAUCGAGGUCAUGCACAGCUCUUUCCAAAUACUGUUGGCGCUUGUUGGAUUUGUCUACGCCUGUUACAUUGUCAGUGUCUUUACAGAGGAAGAAGACAGCUUUGAUUUCAUAGGUGGAUUUGAUUCAUUCUCCGUCUACCAUGCGCCUCAGAAACCCUCUCAUGUUCUGUUAAAGCCAAUUUAUCUGUCUACGUAAAUGAAGAACACUUUCCUCCACCAGUUCUUCAGCUGAAGAGUAUGAUCACGGCAAUGAUUAGGAGAAAUGACAGAUACCUGCACGUACCACUCCAGUCCCCACAUUGCGGAGUAGUGAACCGUGAAAUAUUCAAUUAUUUACAGCGGUUCCUAACCAAACCACCCAAUGUGUGUUAUUUUAGAUCGUCAUUGUUACUGCUGCAGGUAUAGGAAAGAGUCGUUCAUUUGAAGGCUAAAUUUGGGCUGCUUUGUAAAGUUGACUGUGCGAUGCCUUUGUACAGAUGCACAAGGAAAAGAAAAAUGCUCGUUUUAGCUCAUUCAGCCGAUCUGGAAAUGCGGAAAGUAGACUUUGAGUUCUGAAGCUGACAUCUUGCUACCAGGUAAGGUCGCUUUCAACCGGAGGAGCUGUUGACUUUGUGGCUCAAUACAAUAGCAGCAUCUUCAUUUUAAAUCUACGUAUUAAUCUGCCAUAUGGAAUAAUGUAUUAAUAUUUAGAUGGAACAUUAUUUCCAAGGAUCACAGCUGUUUUCCAGAUGUUCUCGGUUUUUUUCUUGCUCAUCCUAUGAUGGGGCCUGUGUUUCUUAUGCUUUAUUGUGGACUGGUUUGAUCUGUGAUGUUACACAUCCCUAAUUUUCAAUCACCUGUGUUCA